UUACAUUAAAAUAGCGUAUUCAUUUCCUAUUUCAAACUCUUUAUUUACUUAUUUUGUCCUCAAACGUCCCCAUACACCUGCCGCCACCACUAUAUGGCAACGUCGUGAGCUCUUUAUUACAACGUUCGUCGUCAAAGUAAAAGUGAUUUGAAGAAAGGAGUGUGUGCUUUCACACCGGGCAUCAAUGCGAGCUACUGCCGUAUCUUCACAACCGGCGUUAGACACCCCCCCCCCCCCCUAAACCCCCACGCCCCCUCUCGGGGGACUUGGUUGGCACCGGGAGGAAUCUUUUGACAGUUCGUGCAGUAGCCGUCCAGCUGCAGGCUAACCGCGGUUAGCAUCCGGUUAGCUACGCUGCACAGCUGGGCUCAUCUGGACGGGGAGGCUAACGGCUCCGGGCGGCGUUUUCCUCCGAGGAGCCCAUGGAUGAGCUGGUGAGGAGUUUGCCUUCUCCGAGUCUGCCGGGGAUCCAGCUGUCCCGUCUGGACACGCACAAGGGCUGGCUGUUUAAAUGGACCAACUACUUGAAGGGAUACCAGAGGCGAUGGUUCGUCCUCAGCAACGGCCUGCUGUCCUAUUACAGAACGCAGGCAGAGAUGGGGCACACCUGCCGAGGCACCAUUCCUCUGGCAGCCGCUCACAUCGAGCUGGGUGACGCGUGCCACUUGCUGAUAACCAACGGAGGCCGUAGCUACCACCUGAAGGCCACCUCUGAAGCAGAGUGUCAGCACUGGUUGUCCACCCUGCAGCAAGCUAAAGUCAAUGCCAAUGCUCUCAUUCAUCACUCGGAUGACUCGGGAGAUGAAGAAGGUCCUAGCCCGCAUGACGCUAGGUUCUUAAGCCAAGGCGCGCUGAAGACGUUAGCCAGCAAGCUGGAUGAUCUCCGCACCUGUAACGAGCUGAUCGGAAAGCAUGGCGCCGCCCUUCAGCGCUCCCUCAGCGAAUUCGAGGAUCUCCGCGGGUGCGUCGACGGCGCAGAUAAACUGAAGACGGUUAACGAGCGAGCCGCCCUAUUCCGCAUCACCUCCAAUGCUAUGAUCAAUGCUUGUCGUGACUUCCUGGAUGUAGCACAGUCUCACAACCGCAGGUGGCAGAAAACCCUGCAGCAUGAGCAAGAGCAGCGUCACUAUCUGGAGACCACCAUUGAACAGCUAGCCAAACAGCACAACAGCCUGGAGACGGCCUGGAGGGAGAAGCCCACCUCGUACACGGGUGUGCAGAGAUCUCGCGAGGUGGACGAGAGUGACGAGAACGAUGAAUUCUUUGACGCCAUGGAAGACGCGCCGUCGUUCAUAACAGUGAAUGCAGAAACCAAGCACAGGCGCUCCGGGAGUAGUCAGAGUAUGAUGAGUGGCGGAGUCCCCAGCGACUGGACCCAUAACGAGAACGACACCUCGGACUCGAACCACAUGCAGCUCCGCAGAACAAGACGCAGCCGCAUUCCAGACAAACCCAAUUAUUCCCUCAACCUGUGGAGCAUCAUGAAGAACUGUAUUGGGAAAGACUUAUCAAAGAUUCCCAUGCCUGUCAACUUCAAUGAGCCGCUGUCGAUGCUGCAGCGUCUGACCGAGGAUGUGGAGUACAGCGAGCUCCUUGACCGGGCGGCUCGCUGCGAUUCCUCCCUGGAACAGAUGUGCCUGGUGGCCGCCUUCUCCGUCUCCUCCUACUCCACCACCACCCAUCGCACGUCCAAACCCUUCAACCCUCUUCUGGGGGAGACCUACGAGCUGGACCGACUGCAGGAAUACGGAUAUCGCUCCAUCUGUGAGCAGGUGAGUCAUCAUCCACCAGCUGCUGCCCACCACGUCGCCUCCCAACGAGGAUGGACGCUAUGGCAACACAUCACUAUUGACAGCAAGUUCCGCGGGAAGUACAUCUCUGUCAUGCCACUAGGAAAGAUUCACCUGCAGUUCCACUCGAGCGGGAACCAUUACGUGUGGAGCAAAGUGACCUCAACGGUUCACAAUAUUAUCGUGGGGAAACUCUGGAUUGAUCAGUCCGGGGACAUCGACAUUGUAAACAGCACCACCAAGGACACCUGCCAUCUCAAAUUCUCGCCCUACAGCUACUUCUCCAGAGAUGUCCCGCGAAAAGUGACGGGCGUGGUGGAGGACAUUGAGGGCACAGCGCAUUACAUCCUAUCAGGGACAUGGGAUGAAAAGAUGGAAAGUGCCAAAAUAGUAGACAGCAGUCAAGGAAGUGGAGGCUCCGAAGGCAAACAAAAGACAGUUUAUCAGACUCUUCAGCCAAAACUGCUUUGGAAGAAAUACCCUCUCCCGGACAAUGCAGAGAACAUGCAUUAUUUCUCCUCCUUGGCUUUGACUCUGAAUGAGCCAGAGGAGGGAGUGGCGCCCACCGACAGCCGCAUGCGUCCGGACCAGCGGCUGAUGGAGGCCGGGCUGUGGGAUGAAGCAAACACGCAGAAGCAGCGUCUCGAGGAGUGUCAGAGGCUAGAGAGGAAGAGGAGGGAAGUCCAAAACAUGCAAGCCAUGGAGGAAGGGCAAGAGGUGGAGGUGUACCAGCCCCUGUGGUUCGAGAAGAGAACAGAUGAAACGACAAGAGAAAGCAGCUACGUCUACAGGGGAGGCUACUGGGAGGCCAAAGAGCGGCAGGACUGGAGGAUGUGCCCUGAAAUCUUCUAGAACAAAUGGAACCAGUGGCUGACACUUAGACAUGGUGGACUAAGGUAUACGGUCAGAUCAUAUGUACCGGUAAGCCAAAACAUACUUGUUGCUGUUCUCGAGAUUGGAAGGACACACUUCUUGAUACUUGCGUCUUUCGACAACACCCUACUUCAUUUACAUGAGUGAAUUCUGAAAUUGCCUAGAUGGGAGAAAGCUCCUUUCCAAGUAAAUGUUUUGGCAACAAUAAAAGCUAUUGUUAGGAUGUAGACUACGUUGACAUAGUUAGCAUUUAAACAUGAAUGAACUAGUAAAGUGAGGUCUUCAUUGUUCCUAGAGAACAGUCGUCAUCCAUUAUAUGAAAUGUAUGCAAUCUGAAUUUUAAAUCGUAGAUUAAGUGGAAGGGUUGAAAUUUCAUUGAGACCGUGUGUGAAGGAGUCGUUGCUUUAAUUACGUUUUCACUGAAGGACAUAAUGGAUUGAGCCUUGAUAAUCGGGAGUUUGACCGCAACAAACUUGUGGGCCUUGUUGGACCUGUCACAAAUGAGUUAUAAGAGUGCUUGUGCCAUGUAAUUACCGUUUAGAGAUGUCUGCAAUAAGUCAACUGCACUCUUACUUCAAAAAAUAGGCUCAGGCAGCAAAAUGUGCUUUUAAGAUGCACAAAAAAACCAACAACCUUAUACUGUAUUCUGAAUGCCAAUUUAUUUAUAUAUAAAUAUCCUAUUUAUUAAGGAUCAAUAAUGCUAUCAAAGCAGCACAAGUACCGAAGGCUUUGGGCGCAACUCCUCUUUAGUAUGGACAUUUAAAAAUAAUAAGCAGUUUAUUGUUCACAUAUAUGAGUCGCUGGUUGACUUUUUUGCCUGCCUUUUGGAAAAAUAUAGUAGAAGUAGAAUGAUGUCGUUCAAAAUUAUUGUGAAAGGGUUUCCAUAUUUACUUGACUCUCCUGUUUAACAUUACGUCAAGAAAAUACACUCCUAUAUAAAUAUCAUGAGCUGUUUGGUUCGUUUAUACUUUUGAGUUUUUCAGUUGUGCGUUGUUCGGAUAAAGCACAACGGUGAAGUUUACACCCAAGUUACCCAAAUACCAAGCUUUUGACUCACUACAUGUACAGUAGCUAUGCAUGUUUAUUUGGAGUGCGGGGGCGCUUGACUUGAACACCUGUUUAAAAAGUGAUGUGAAGCUCUUUCAAAUAACUGAGUGGGACUCUUACUGGAACAUGUGAACUCACCAUUUGUGCUCGACGACAUUGAAAAUGUUACCUUUUUUUUUCUAUCUCAAAUAAAAACCCAACGCUGGGGUAGUGUUUACUGUCCAUGCCAGUACUCACUACUGUCAGCGUUCAAGGGGCCAUACAUUGACAACUGUAUGAUUGACAUGCUUUGAUGUACAGUAAUACAGUUAAUUAUGAGCAACAUUUUUUUUCCUGUUUGGCUGAUUAAUUAUAUGGAAUGGAAAGUUUGUAUGCCUUUUUAUGCCAGAAAUGUUUUUUUUUAUCUGUGCAACAGGGCAGUUUAUAGUAUCUAAACACUUGCAGAAACAAUGCAAGUGAGAGGACAGUCCAGAAAGUUCAGUCAUAAUAGUUGUGUAUGGUAAUUAGGGAGUGGCUUCGCACCGAGCAACUAAUUCCAUGGGUGUGACUAUAAAGAUGUGCAAGUGAAUCAACACUGUCUCAGAUGAAUGUUAGUCAUCAGAACUGUAGUGGAGUUGGUGUGCUGCAGGUUAGUGCAAAGGGCGUAGGCCCUGGGAAAAGGUGGUGUGUAUAAAAUGUAUCAAAUAAAUUUCUAAAUAUUA